AUGAAUCUGAAACUACUAAGUGAUUCCAAACAAGAAACAACAGUUGAAGACACGAUAACUAUCACUGAAUUAGUUCCACAAGAAUCUCCAGAUACCACUGUCUUGAUUGAAACACAAGAAGUUAAACCAAUAGAUGAAUCUGAAACUACUGUCGACAUAAUUAGUAAGAAAAAGAUUAUUAAACCCAAGAAAAAAUCUAUUGCUACUGAAGAAGUGAUUCCAAACAAGAGAACAACAGUUGAAGACACGAUAACUGUCACUGAAUUAGUUCCACAAGAAUCUCCAGAUACCACWGUCUUGAUUGAAACACAAGAAGUUAAACCAAUAGAUGAAUCUGAAACUACUGUCGACAUAAUUAGUAAGAAAAAGAUUAUUAAACCCAAGAAAAAKUCUAUUGCUACUGAAGAAGUGAUUCCAACGGAAGAGAUAUCAACAGUUGAAGACACGAUAACUAUCACUGAAUUAGUUCCACGAGAAUCUCCAGAUACCACUGCCUUGAUUGAAACACAAGAAGUUAAACCAAUAGAUGAAUCUGAAACUACUGUCGACAUAAUUAGUAAGAAAAAGAUUAUUAAACCCAAGAAAAAAUCUAUUGCUACUGAAGAAGUGAUUCCAAACAAGAGACACAACAAUACCACUGUCUUGAUUGAAACACAAGAAGUUAAACCAAUAGAUGAAUCUGAAACUACUGUCGACAUAAUUAGUAAGAAAAAGAUUAUUAAACCCAAGAAAAAAUCUAUUGCUACUGAAGAAGUGAUUCCAAAGGAAAGAAACAACAAUACCACUGUCUUGAUUGAAACACAAGAAGUUAAACCAAUAGAUGAAUCUGAAACUACUGUCGACAUAAUUAGUAAGAAAAAGAUUAUUAAACCCAAGAAAAAAUCUAUUGCUACUGAAGAAGUGAUUCCAAAGGAAGAGAUAUCAACAGUUGAAGACACGAUAUCUGUCACUGAAUUAGUUCCACAAGAAUCUCCAGAUACUUCAGUCUUGAUUGAAACACAAGAAGUUAAACCAAUAGAUGAAUCAGAAACUACUGUCGACAUAAUUAGUAAGAAAAAGAUUAUUAAACCUAAGAAAAAGUCUAUUGCUACUGAAGAAGUGAUUCCAACACAAGAAACACCAGUUGAAGACACGAUAACUAUCACUGAAUUAGUUCCACAAGAAUCUCCAGAUACCACUGUCUUGAUUGAAACACAAGAAGUUAAACCAAUAGAUGAAUCUGAAACUACUGUCGACAUAAUUAGUAAGAAAAAGAUUAUUAAACCCAAGAAAAAAUCUAUUGCUACUGAAGAAGUGAUUCCAAAGGAAGAGAUAUCAACAGUUGAAGACACGAUAUCUGUCACUGAAUUAGUUCCACAAGAAUCUCCAGAUACCACUGUCUUGAUUGAAACACAAGAAGUUAAACCAAUAGAUGAAUCUGAAACUACUGUCGACAUAAUUAAAGUGAUUCCAACAAAGAGAACAACAGUUGAAGACACGAUAACUAUCACUGAAUUAGUUCCACAAGAAUCUCCAGAUACCAUUGUCUUGAUUGAAACACAAGAAGUUAAACCAAUAGAUGAAUCUGAAACUACUGUCGACAUAAUUAGUAAGAAAAAGAUUAUUAAAACCAAGAAAAAAUCUAUUGCUACUGAAGAAGUGAUUCCACAACAAGAGACAACAACAGUUGAAGACACGAUAGCUGUCACUGAAUUAGUUCCACAAGAAUCUCCAGAUACCAUUGUCUUGAUUGAAACACAAGAAGUUAAACCAAUAGAUGAAUCUGAAACUACUGUCGACAUAAUUAAAGUAAUUCYACAAMAARAGACAACAACAGUUGAAGAKACUAUAGCUGUCACUGAAUUAGUUCCACAAGAAUCUCCAGAUACCAUUGUCUUGAUUGAAAAACAAGAAGUUAAACCAAUAGAUGAAUCUGAAACUACUGUCGACAUAAUUAAAGURAUUCCACAACAAGAGACAACAGUUGAGGAUACGAUAGCUAUCACUGAAUUAGUUCCAAARGAAACUGCAGAUACCAUUGAAUUGAUUGAAAAAYYAGAAGUUAAACCAAUAGAUGAAUCUGAAACUACAGUCGACGUAAUUAGUAAGAAAAAGAUUAUAAAACCGAAACGUAAAUCUAUUGCAACAGAAGAAGUAAUUCCACAACAAGAGACAACAACAGUUGAAGACACUAUAGCUGUCACUGAAUUAGUUCCAAAAGAAACUCMAGAUACCAUUGAAUUGAUUGAAAAACCAGAUGAUAAACCAAUAGAUGAAUCUGAAACUACAGUCGACGUAAUUAGUAAGAAAAAGAUAAUAAAACCGAAACGAAAAUCAAUUGCAACUGAAGAAGUGAUUCCACAACAAGAGACAACAGUUGAGGAUAAGAUAGCUAUCACUGAAUUAGUUCCAAAGGAAACUGCAGAUACCAUUGAAUUGAUUGAAAAACCAGAUGUUAAACCAAUAGAUGAAACAGAAUUUACUGUUGAUAUCAGUAAGAAAAAGAUAAUAAAACCGAAACGAAAAUCWAUUGCAACUGAAGAAGUAAUUCCACAACAAGAGACAACAACAGUUGAAGACACUAUAGCUGUCACUGAAUUAGUUCCAAAAGAAACUACAGAUACCAUUGAAUUGAUUGAAAAACCAGAAGACAAAACAAUAGAUGAAUCUGAAACUACWGUCGACGUAAUUAGUAAGAAAAAGAUUAUAAAACCGAAACGUAAAUCUAUUGCAACAGAAGAAGUAAUUCCACAACAAGAGACAACAACAGUUGAAGACACUAUAGCUGUCACUGAAUUAGUUCCAAAGAAACUGCAGAUACCAUUGAAUUGA